AUGGAGAGGAGCAGGCCGAGGAGGAGAGGAGCAGGCACGCGGAGAGAGAGGAGCAGGCCGAGGAGAGAGGUGCAGGCCGAGGAGUGGAGCAGGUGGCAGCAGGAGGAGAGAGAGGAGCAGGCCGAGGAGAGAGAGGAGCAGGCCGAGGAGAGAGAUGAGCAGGCCGAGGAGGGAGAGGAGCCAGGUCAGAGGAGAGCAGAGGAGCAAGGCCGAGGAGGGAGAGGGAGCAGCCCGAGGAGGGAGUGGAAAGCAGGGCGAGGAGGGAGAGGUGCAGGCGAGGAGGGAGGAGAGGAGCAGGCCGAGGAGAGAGAGGAGCAGGCCCCGAGGAGGGAGAGGAGCAGGUUGAGGAGGGAGGCGUGA